AUGAUGCAGCGAGAGGCUGUGUCGAGCGCGGCGCGGAUGUUGGCGUGGCGCACGCACUGCUACGGGCCGCUGGCGGAGCUGCGGCUGGACGAGGCGCGCGUGCCGCCGCUGCGUGCGCCCGACCAGCUGCUCGUGCGCGUGCGCACCACCUCCAUCAACCCACUCGAUGUUGCUAUGCUUGGCGGGUACGGCGCGCGCAUGCUGAACGUGGCGCGGUCGCUGGAGGGCGUGGGUGGUGCGGGGGGCACGGAGGUGGAGUUCCCGCUGGUGGUGGGGCGCGACGUGUGCGGCGAGGUGGUGCGCGCGGGCGCGGGCAGCCGGCUGCGCGGCCGCGUGUGGGGCGUGCUGCCGCCGCACUGGCCCGGCGCGCACGCGCAGUACGUCGUGCUCAGGGACCGCUGGGCGAGUGCGGCGCCGGCGUGUCUCAGCGACGCGGAGGCGGGCGGCGCGCUGUACGCCGCGCUGUCGGCGUGCGCGGCGCUGCGGGCGGCCGGCCUGCCGCCCCGCCCGCCCGCCGCACGCUCCCCCCGCGCGCCCCGCGUGCUGUUGCUUGGCCUCGGCGGAGUGGGCCACGCCGCGUUACAGCUGCUCGUGUACUCUGGCGCGCAGGUGAUAGUGGGGUGCUCAGGCGACUUGUGUCCCCGAGCUAUGUCGCUGGGUGCGUCAGCGGCGUUCGACCGCCACUCUCCUGACUACGACCGUCUGCUGGAGGAGUCUGGCCCAUACGAGGCGAUAUUAGACUGCGCGGGGCUGGGCGGUGCGGAGGCGGGGGCGCGGCGCUGGCGGUUCGCACGCUACGUGACGCUGAGCGCGCCGCUGCUGCGUGACGCGGACGCGAACGGGCCGCUGCCCGGCGCCGCGCGCGCUCUCGCUACACUGGCGCAGCACACCGCCGCCGCGCACGCGGCGGGAGUGGUGACGCCGGGCAGCGUAGCGCCGGUGCGCUGGGCCUUCUUCUCUCCAUGUACCGAGGAUCUGCAACUGCUGCGCAAGCUGGCCGACGCUGGCAAGUUCAAGGUGGAGGUGGAGCGCGUGUUCCCGUGGUGGGCGGGCGCGCAGGCGUACGAGCACGCGGCGACGCACAGUGCGCGCGGCAAGCUGCUGCUCGACUUCACCGCGACCCCCGCACCCCCCGAGCAACACGCACCCCCCGAGCAACACGCACCCCCCGAGCAACACGCACCCCCCGCAGCACCACCGCCCGCACGCACGGGGCACACGUGA